AUGCUGCUGCUCCGGAGUCCGGCUCCGGCGGAGUCGGAGGUGCUGCCCACGCUGAUCGGGGAGGCCGGCAGGGGUAAGGGCGGUGGAGGCGGGCAGGGGCUGGGCCGGCACCCCGCGCCCUCUCCGGCUUCCCCCUGCCGAGGCCGGUGCCCCUCAGCGGCGAGGGGCGGGCGGGGGCCGCCGUGGCCGCGCUCGGCUCGGCUCGGCUCUGCUCCCCGGGGCCGGGCGGGGGCCGCUGACCCCCGUUCCCGCCCCGGUUAUGAAACCGCGGGGGAGGGGCCGGUGCCGCCCGCCAACCGCGGCGGCGCCGGGGGAGCCGAGGCCGCCGGAGCGCAGUGGUCAGACAGGAUGGCUCCAGUGAACCAGCCAAAGGACAAGGAGUGUGAGAGGGUGUAUCAGCAUUGGCCAGAAGAGGCAAAAUCAGCUGGGAAGAGGAAAGCGGACUAUGAGAAACUGGGGAAUGAGACACAAGCAAAGAGGUUGUUUGUGAGAAAAACAUCUAAACCCCCAGGGAAAAUCGGUUGGAGCGGAGGUGGGUCUGUGGUGAGAAACAAGAGAGUCCUUUCCCAUCAGCUGGAGCAGCAGCGCAGCAUUGUUCAUUAUGUCUACCAGAACAUGCUGGGAGGCUCCAUUCGGGCACCACUCAGGCAGUGUCUGCAGCUGCCUUUUCUGCGUUCUCUUGCCUCAUAUCGCCUCUUUCGAACAGCAAGUCCCUUUGACAGGAGAGUGACAUGCUUGGAAUGGCAUCCAACACACCCCAGUACAGUAGCUGUCGGUUCCAAAGGUGGAGACAUCAUCCUUUGGGACUAUGAAGUACUUACUAAAACGUGCUUCAUAAAGGGGAUGGGAGCUGGAGGGGCCAUCACAGGAAUGAAGUUUAACCCUUUUAACCCUAGUCAGCUGUACACUUCAUCAGUUGCCGGCACUACCACCCUGCAGGAUUUUAAUGGCAAUACUGUCCGGGUCUUCACCAGCACCGAGGACUGGGAGUAAGAACACAGUAAUGCUUUGGGCCUCUGUGUCCUGCUGGCAGGAGCACUACAGGGAGAGAGAGAGAGAGAGAGAGAGAGCGAGAGAGAGAAAGAGAGAGAGAGAGAGAGAUGUUUGUCUUGAAUAUGUGAGAGCUGGGCUUCCUCUUCCCCACAUACAUGUCUUCUAUCCUCUGAAUUCAGGGAGGCUCAUUCUUUUUAUUUUUCCCUGAAAUGGAGUAGUGGGUAGGAGAGAGCUUUUCUUCACUGAAGGGGAGUGACUCUUUGAUUCUGCUUACUUCCUGUUGUACAUGAGAGAGUGAGGAUGCCAGUGGAUUUCCUCAGCUGUCUGUUCUUAAAACUCCCCAAAACUCAGUGCUCUACAGACCCUCUAACCUUUUCACCUGCUAGCAGUGCUGCUUGUU